AUAAAUAGAUGGCGCUCUUCACAGUUGAAUGGGAACAGCUGAUAAUUUGACGUAUUGCAAAAGAAAAAUUUUUGUUUACGAAAUAAACAAAGUUUUGCAAAUUUUAUAAAAUUGCUUGGAGUAAAAAUGGCCUCAGCAUCGAGCAGUUCAGCACGUCACCUCUUCAGCGAUAGCAAAAAACGACUUUGCGAUCGCGUUGGCGUCAAUGUAAACAAUUUGGGAUCCGUAGCGCGUCAGAUAGUGCGUGGUUCCAAGUCAAAUGAGAUUUUAGGACAGAGCAUAAAAAACUUCACACAAGUGGACAUUGUCUCCGACUACAGUAGUCAGAAUUUACAUAAAAUGCAGCUGAUAUUACAGCAUGUCGACUAUCAACAUGAAAUCAUGCUCGACAGUGUAAAUCAUAUGGAUUAUCUGAAGGAUCAAGUGUCGGCAAUGGAGAGAUGAUUAGAAGAGAGUGGCUGUAGAAAUUAAGCAUGUGUACGUGAAGCUUUCUACGCCAAUUUAUUCAAUUUCAGUUUAUUUACAUAUUGAUUUAUUCCGAACUAACUUCGAAAAGUGUGAUUUAGUUGUUGAAGUGAAGUGAAGUGAUUGUUUAUAUAUUUAUGAAAUCAGAAUUUGGAAAAAAAAUGAAAUUAAUGGAAGGAAACUGUGAAUGAGAAGUGAACUACUUUAGAAAGUAAAAUAUAUAAAAAAUAUUUAGCGCAUUAGUUGCUUGCUUCAGCUUUAAAAUGUUAUAGCGAUGAAAUUAAAUACCAUUAUGCACAUGAUUUAGCGCAGGAGAGCGAUUUAAAUCAGUAAUAUGACUAUUUAUGCUAGAAUGUAUUAGAAUGCGAUUUUACAAUAUUGUUUUAAUUAUUUAAGUUAGCUUUAUUCUUAUUUUUUGAAGCUUAGCAUUUAUUAAACAAUUUAUAUUCUAGUCAAUAAGUCAUUUAUAGGUUAUUUUUUUUUAAAUAAAAAGUUUUAAGUACAUUUAAGGAAUGCAAAAUGAAAUUUAUUAGAUGUAUGUUUAAAUUAUACUAUUAUUUAUUAGAAUUAAUUCUGUUAAGCUUUAUACAAUACACAGCUUUCUUCUCUUAUAUAUGCAUCAUUUGAAUAAAUACGUUGAUAUCACUUAA